AUGCUAUCAAAAUAACAAUAAUAAUUGUAAGAGAUAGUAUCCUAGAGCAUAUUGAAGAAGUAUGUUUGAAUAAUAAUUAGAUCUGCAACCAAGACAUCUUAAAAAUUGAGUUAAUCAUUAAAUCCUAAUGGAUUGAUAGGUUAAUCUUUAAGUCCAACUCAAAAAACAAAUUAAAGUAUGGGAUUAAAAAAAGGGAACAAUCUAAAAUAGUAUCAAUAAGAUUUGCUUAAAUUGAUGACAAGCCAUAAACAAUUAUAAUCUGGUACUAAAAAAGCCAAUAUGUCGGAUGUGAUGAGUUAAUAAAAGGAAUCUAAACGAAUAUCUUCUGGCACAAGUUAACCUCAAAAAUCAUAAAACUCAAAUAAAAUUAGUUUUGUAAAUCCAGCUAGUUAGAUCAUAAUAAUUGUUAAUUAUGAAAAUCAAUAAAUAAAGUUCAACAUAGAUCCUCAAAAAUCAACAGGAUGGUUGGAAGAAUAUUUGAAAUAAGAAAUAAAGAAACAUUCUAUUCAUUAAUAUUCAUCUACAGGAUCUUAACCUGACGAAAGAAAGGUAACUUGCGGAACAGGGAAUGAAUCAUCAGAUUUGGAAAUAGUGUCAUUUCACACUGUUGAUAAGAAUUUACCAAUCGAUUAUUAUUUGUAAUAAGCAAAUAAAAGUCUAGAAAUUUUUAGUGGAUAAACACUAAAUCUCUAACCAUUUUAUGGAACUCCUUAAUAAAGUAAAAUAACUCUGAAAGAUUUUAUAUUUGUAAAAUGCAUAGGAGUAGGAGGAUUUUCAAGGGUUUAUAUGGUAAAGAAAAAAUCAAAUGGAAGAUUUUAUGCUAUGAAAUUGAUUGACAAAGAAUUCAUAAUCCAACAUAAAAAGCAAGGUACAAAUAGAAUAUAAUUUUUAAGGGAUUGUAUAAAAUGAGAGAGACAUAAUGACCGUGCUUGAUCAUCCUUUUAUAAUAAAAUUGGAGUAUGCAUUUGAAUCCAAAAAUUUUAUUGUCUUUGUAUUAGAAUUUUGUAGUGGUGGUGAAUUGUUUUGGCAAUUAAGAUAAGUUAAAAGAAUGACUGAAGAUCAAGCUAGAUUUUAUUUUACAGAAAUUUGUUUAGCUAUGUUUUAUUUACAUUCAUUGUCAGUUGUCUAUCGGGAUAUAAAACCAGAAAAUAUUUUAAUAGACAUCGAUGGUCAUAUAAGAAUAGCUGACUUUGGUUUAUCGAAGCCCAAUAUGACUGAAGAAGACUAUGCUUACAGUUUUUGUGGGUCACCAGAAUAUAUGGCUCCUGAAAUGCUAUUGAAAGUAGGGCAUAAUGUACAGGUUGACCACUAUUGCAUGGGGGCAUUACUCUUUGAAUUAGUCACAGGAUUGCCUCCCUAUUAUUCAAGGGACACAGAUGAAAUUUAUGAAUCAAUCCUUAAUGAAGAAUUAAGUUUUCCAGAGAAGUUAAAUUUAUCACCUGAAAUCAAAGUAUAAUACUUAAUUAUCAAAGGAUUUGCUUUAAGGAUUAUUAUGCAAAUAACCAUCUGAGAGAUUAGGGGCAAAUAAAGGAUUAACUGAAUUACUUACCCAUGCUUGGUUUAAAGACGUUGAUUUAGUGGCAAUUUUAUAAAAAUAGAUUCCCCCUCCAUUUAAGCCUAAUUAAUUGAAAUUUAAUUAUGACUCUAAUGAUUUAAUGAAAGGUGAAUUAGAAACAAGAGAAAAGCUAUUGGGAAAAGCAGGAUUAUAAUAAGAAAUCAGAAUAUUUAAGGCAUUCUACUUUGAUUCUUAUGAAUAGAAAUAAAUGAAAAGUGAAUAGGCCAAAAUAUUAUAAUAACACUUUAUGAUGGUGACUUAAUAAUAAUUAGCAUUAAAUCAAAAAUUUAAACCUAAGAGAAAAAGUACUGAACCAAAAGAACAUUAAUCGAAACCUGCAUCUCCAUAAACUAGGAAUUCAAAAUAAUCAAAAUUUACACCAGAGUAAUUUCAAUCUCUUUAGAAACGAAUAAAAUCUUAGUAAAUAUUGAGUUCUAGAAUAGAUAAUCAUCUAUGAGCAACGUAUAAUAGAUCAGUACUAUUCCAAGUCCUGCUUAAUCUAAGUUAUAGGGUUUAAAAAGAAUAAUUUCCUAAAAUAAUUUUUUUGCAGAUAGAUAAAAUACAUUGCCAACAGGUUAAAAGGAUGGCAAUAUAGAUUACCAUUAAUUAUUAUCAAAUGUUUCAACAGAAUAAAUUUUACAUAAAAGAGUAUCGUCUUUAAAAUAAAGAAAAAAAUGA